UGUGUGUGGAGAGAGAGGGAGAGGGCUUGAGCUUCAGUGUAGCCGAGGUCGGGUUUGGUUUGGAGUCACGGGGAGAGAGUGUGUGUGUGGGGGGGGAGUACAGCGGAUCCACACAAACUAACCAGCCAGUUCCCUUUUGUGAAACGUCUACCCCGCCAGUGUCAGUUUCAUUGUGAAAUCCACCGCCGCCGCUGCUUCAGUCGGGGCACAAGUCGCGUCUGAAACUCUUUCCCAAACUCCGAACCUUCCCCGCUUACAAACACUCUCUCCACUGAAACACAGAGAGAGCGGGGUGGGCGCGACUGGAUGGCUUUUCUGUCGAAGAAGAAGAAAUUCAAGUUCCUGGUGCGUUUGACGGUGGUGGAUCUCUCCGCGGUGCCGUUCGUCAACGGGAUCAUUUUCUGCAAACUUCGCCUCAUGCAAGGGGGUGUCUUCGAGGAGCUGACUUCCCGGGAAGAGGUUCUGGACAACUGUGUCCAGUGGCAGAAGGAAUCUUGCUUCAAGUGUAAAAUGAGUGCCAGCUCAGUUACUGGGGUCCUAGACGCAAGCGUUUGCAGGGUAUCGGUCCGUAAGGAACUGAAGGGCGGGAAGUCGUUCUUGAAGUUGGGUUUUGUAGACCUGAACCUGGCUGAGUUUGCGGGUUGCGGCUCGACUGCUCGCUGCUGCCUCCUAGAGGGCUACGACACCAAGCACACCCGUCAGGACAACUCCAUCCUCAAGGUUUCCAUCUCCAUGCAACUUCUAUCCGGCGAUCCGUGCUUCAAAACGCCUCACUCCACGGACAAGUCCAUCGAGAUCCUGGGACAUCGUAACUCGCUGCAGCCCGACUGCAAAGGGGGAGACGGCACGGACGAGCCGGAGCUGGAGAGGGAACGGAAUCGGCCGGAUUCCUGGAAGCACAAGGGCUGGUUUCUCCCGGCGAAUGCGAGAACACUCGAGGGCAGUGACUGCACUCCUGAGAAGGUGCAUCCCCGGAAAAGGCAUUCCCGGAAUUCCAGUGGCUCCAGCCAGCUCUCCAAAAUCUCAGGUUACAGUUCGGAGGGAUCCCUGUGCAGCUCGCGGUCCGAGCCGGCUCACCGGCGGAAUGGGUCUGGUGUUAGUCGCCUCUCCUCUGGCAUCGGCAGCACCGCCGACCUGCGCGACGGGAACGGGACCAGCCCCGACACAGCCAUGGCCCAUCCCAAACUCUCCUUCCGAUCCGAGCGGCUCUACAGGCGUAAGAAGGAGGAGGCGGAGAGCCGGCCCACGCGGCUGGACGAUACGCGGGUGAGCGCGUGCGACAUCGUGGAGCGGAUCAUACGCGAGCAGGACUUCAGCCGACCAACUGGCGCUGAGGACAGCGGGCUACAGUUGUACGUGGGGCGAGAUGGGACCGUCAAACUGGGCGGCUUACAGACUGAGAACAGAUUGGGUAAUUACAAACCCGUGGUGAUCGACAGCCAUUAAGCUCGGCUCGACAACGGAAUUCCGAUUUCCCUUCCGAAUAUUUCAUCUGCUGCUGUUUCAUUGUGUUCCCGGGAAAUUCCCAAAUUCUGGAGUUUCCAUGAGGGAGGAGCCAGGUCAUUUUAAAGAAAGGACAGGACAAUAUCGAGGGUGGGGGGGUGGGAAUGAUGGGGAGAGGAUAGGGAAAGAGAUGGGAAGAUUUGUCUCUCCGUCCAUCCAAUGCUAAUUGCCCAAGAGUCAAGUUGGGAUGGGAGUCAAUGGAUGGUCCUCCGCUGAUUUUUAUUUGUUCCGGUAUUCCUCGGAGCCAGAUCCUUGCCGUAUUAUCCGUCGGCCUCGGAGGUCGGCUUUGAGAACGGAUCUGCCGGGAAUGGCCGGGAUUUCCAAAAAUUCCAAAUAUUCCAAAUAUUCCAUCGGCCGCGGAAGUCCGGAUGAGGUCGAGAUCGCCCGGGCUAGGUGUCACAUUUUCGGGGAGAGGGGGGGUGGUGGUUUGUUUUCCAGCGGAGAUUUCAAAGUGCGCGCUGUCGGGAAUUUUGUCCGGGUUGAAGGAGGUCCCGGGACCACCAGCAGUCGCCCGGGAAUUCGGUGGUGGGCCUAUCGUGUAUCCACGAUCAAUAUAUGCUGUAGGUG